AUGGAUGAUAUGGAUGGUGUCCAACGUCCUGCUAUCAACAUAUGGACAUUCUUCGCUCUAGCUGCGCUGGAUGUCGCAGUGAACGCGGCCGCCGGUCCAGCUGCAGUAGCGACCGCGGCGCAUGUCAAUGGGAGUCCACUGACAGCGAGAGCAAUGCAAAUCGGCGCGCUCGCUGGAGUCACUAAAUCAGGGGUAUUGGCAUUCGUCGAAUUCGCGGGAUACGCGGGCUUACCAACCCCCGCGUGGAUAUUGUUGGCAUUGGUGGCAAGUGGAUUUGGAAUAUGUGUCUUGGUCACGGCGGAGGUUAGUAAUUUGGUUCUUGGAGAAACACCAAGCGCGUUACUUAUUGCGGCGGUUGUCGCUGCUAUUCCCCUUGCAGGAGAAUCUAUUGGUAUAUAUCAAUCGGCUGGGGGACUAUACGGUGGCAAACCUCAGACACAACUAGGUAUUAUGGGGUUCGAUGCCUUGGGGGGAUACGUGUUUGCUCGCAUGGCACAUAAUGGAGGCUACGAUAUCUGCCCUUACAACGUUGCAGCAGCAGCUGGGGCUGUAUACGGUGUCAUCACUGGUUUCUUCCAUGUAAUCCUUGGGUGUAUGGCCGGGUUUACCGUUUAUGAAAGCACAAAUGGAAAUUAUCAAAUGCGGAAUGUCUUCGGGACUUCGCAAGGGUAUAAUCCCAAUUGGAAUCGGGGUUUCGGGCCUUGA